AUGGAAACUCCUUUCUACCAUGACGAUGUCUCUGCUGUCCCUGGAUUCAGCCAUAUUGUGGAGUAUGAGCGUUAUCCAGGAAACAAAAUGCUGAUGAGUAAGACGGCUAUGUCAGUGGCAGGCAAUCAUCCCAUCUUCCCCAGCGGUGGUGGUGGUGAUGCAACAGGAGGGAGGGGCGGGAACAACAUCAGCCGGGGGGUUGCUAGCACUACCUCCCUAAUGACAUCAGGGACCCCUGCAGACAUGAACCUGCUAAAGCUGGAAUCCCCUGACCUGGAGCAUCUGAUAAUCCAGUCCAGUCCGGGAUUGAUAACCACAAACCCGAUGUCCAAUUCAACCAACCCAUUCAACUACCGUGGCCCGGCCACCAACGAGCAAGAGGGAUUUGCAGACGGCUUUGUCAAAGCGCUGGCAGACCUUCACAAACAGAAUCAACUGGUGGGAGGUAGGGCCAUAUCCCCAUCAUCCUCCUCCACAGUCUCCCUACAGACAUGCUACCAGAGAAACCUUGUGUCUAGUGGAGAUAUGCCUGUCUACACCAACCUUAGCAGCUACAAUCCGGGCCAAAUUCCAUACAGUGUAUACAGUGGGGGCUCAGGCCAGGGGAGUGGAGGCGCCCCUCAGGUCAACCCUCGAGGCCUGGAUGCCCCUCAAACCGUCCCUGAGGUUCCUCACCCACCAGGCAAUCCAAUCUCCCCACCAUCUCUCUCCCCAAUUGAUCUGGAGAUACAGGAGCAAAUCAAAGCGGAACGGAAGAAAUUACGCAAUCGCAUUGCUGCAUCCAAAUGCCGCAAGCGGAAGCUGGAGCGUAUCUCACGGCUGGAGGAGAGGGUGAAAGCCCUCAAGAGCCAGAAUUUGGAUCUGGCCUCCAUUGCUGCCAUGCUACGGAAGGAGGUCACCCAGCUCAAACAGAAGGUCAUGAGUCAUGCCACCAAUGGAUGCCAGAUUGCCAUCGGCUCUGCAGCUGCCAGUAAUUCUGGGGGUGCAGUAGUAGACACCAGCAGCAAGGACUCCAGCUACUGAGGGGAGGGGGGUGAGACACCAUGAGACGACAGCAUGAGAACAAGGCUAAAAUAAUAAACUGCAGGGCUAUGGGUUCACUUUUAGGAUUUUGCUAUUUUGUUCACGCUCUUGGUCAGGGUAAACAAAGAGCAAGCGGCUUGGUGUCAACAAUAUCUCAAAAGAGCCUCGAAGACAUAAGAGACAAGCGGAGGGAUAAUCCCUAGACAUGGAUGCGGUCGAAACUUGGAUGAUUGGUAAUCUUGACAGUGAAUUUAAUCUGAAGACAUUACAAGAUUUGAGACCCCCCAAAAAGUACUUAGUUACAGAGUGAGCACAAUUUUUCUUAUAAUUUAUUUCUUUUGUGAUCUAAUUUCUGAUCUUUCGCUUUUUCAUUCACUAAUGUGUGCUAAUGCAGCAUAAGCGCUAAUACUCUGUAAAACAUCUAAGACCACUUUGAUUACUGUGAUCUUUCUGAUUAUAAUAUCAUGGCUGUCACGAUAAUGCAGUCAUGCUGUGAAAAUAGCUGUUUUCACUGUGAUGUUAUUGUAGCAGUAGAUGUGGCAGAUAGGCUGUAAAUAUUAAUAUUUCAUAAUUUUACACUGAUUGCUGACUGUUGUUUUGUUUUGUUUUUUUGAUUUUUCUUGUCAUAGCUGUUGGUAGUAAUGGGAUGGUAGUAUGGUAGUAAUAGACUUGGGUAAGUUAAAAACUUUUCAAAAAUGCAGAAACUAUCAUGACUGUCAUGCACAUUAUUAAAGCAUAUUUGAUUGCAUUUAGAUUGCAAAGUAAAUAAUAAUAAUUUCCCUUAGGAAGAAAACACUGUCUAGAUUCACAUUCUGAUUAAUAAAUUGGUAAAUUGUUAUAUUUAGUGAAAAAAUUGUAUGGUGUAAUAUGCAAACCUGUGUUAUGGUUUAUACCAUGUGUUAAUUACAAUGUUUUAGCAGGAUAAUCUAAUCACUGAAAGCUAUUCAGUGGUUCAGUUCUGUGGGCUGUAUACAUUUAUCAUGAGCUUGGAGAGUCUGCAGUAACUGAAGGUGAGUGGGUUCAUGUGGUUCUUGAAGAUGUUCCUGAGACCCUCAUAGCAGUUCCUGGGGUCUUGGGAUGUUUUCUUAAAUCACUGAGAGGCUUCUGGAGUCUUCUGAAAGAGCCAGUACUGAGCCACCAAUAGAUCAUGGAGAGAUUUAUUUUAAAGACUACUUUUGCUUCAACCUCGCAAUAACAUUUAAUUUUCUCUGACCCAUUCGAAAUGAUGUAUUAUGAUACGUGUAUAUCUCUGCUUGUAGUGACACAAUGACAGUCAGUGCUCCUCUUAGUUGUGGGUCCUUAGGCACAACUCUAUACUUUGACUGCACCAUUUCAGUCAGAAUGAAAACUAGAGGAGAUACACUAAAGGUAUCAUGUAAAGUGGCACAUCAUCUGUCCUCUGUUUUAUCAGCAUAGUACAUCAGGGGCAUUCUGAAGGUCUUGAGUACAUUUUUUAUCUUAUAAAAUCUGCAUAUUGCUGUAUAUUGUGUAUUGUUUGUUAAUAACCUGUAUUGUCUAUAAUUUGUCAGUGUGUUAACAGAUUUGCCUAAUAAAAGUGAUUCUGACGAUUGAGGAUUAUAUAAAGGGCACGAGAAUGUUGUUAAG